CGGCUCCUGCGGCUUCUUCUCUAAAAUUUCCGCUUCUGCUCAUCCGCCUUCUUCAGACCGAUACCAGAACUCCAGAACGGCUAUUUCCUCUCCUCCCGCCGACAUCUGCUUCUUCGAUUAUUCAAGCUGAGUGCCUAGAGGAUGGGAAACCAGCAGGAAAUUUCUAGUGAGGAAGGUAGACACAUCCUUGAAGCAAUUGCGGCAACUGGAAAGUUUUGGCACGACUGGGAUAAGCUGAAGAGUAUUCUAUCCUUCCAAUUGAAGCAGGUUCUGACAGACUAUCCAGAGGCAAACUUGACUAAUGAAUUGCAAAUUUCUUCAUUAGGAGAGCCCUUAGCAGAGUUGGUGAAAAGGUUGGAUGAUGAUCUUAAUAGCUUUAUCGUUGGUCCUCCAUUUACUUUACAGCGACUGUGUGAGAUUUUGUUGGAUGCACAAAACAUUUACCCGAAGCUCUCAAAGCUUGUCUUGGCAUUAGAAAAGAACUUAUUGGUUUCAUCUACAUUGACCAUCUCUGCCGAUCCACCAGCACCCGUGCUCAAAGCAGCUGAAACAGACACAGAAUCUCCCCCCGGGUCCCACCACCAUCCAUCGGAAUCGAUUGUACCCAAUGGGAUUGAAACAAGAGCCGACGAUCCAGACGAAAUAAUGGGUGAGGCCGAGGCAACUGAAGUUGUGGAUGGCAUGACUGUUGACAUGGAAACCUCUGAAGACAGCAGCACGGUCCCAUCUGAAGCAAAGUCUGCCGAACCAAGCGCGUGAUUCAUAAAUUUGACGAGGUGGUUGGUGUUGUUAUGUAGUACUGUGUUCAUUUUCCUCACAAUUCCUUCAGCUUACCUACUGGGAUUUCAAGUCCAUGCAACAGAUUAAUGUGUCAUCUCUACUACAUAGCCACCCUGUAUGGAGGUUUGGGAAAUGACCGUUGAGGCAGCCUUUGGCUGGUUGACUAGUCAAAAAAGCCAACAUGGUCAAAUUAACCAAGUAAAAAAGUUUGGAUUGUGGCUCUUCAAGUUGGUUGUUUCUAAUUGGUCUUUCCUAUAUGAUCUUUUCUUUUUUUCCCUUUUUGCCCUUCAGUUCGCCAUUUCCAAAUAAAAAAAAGAGUAAAUUCCAUAAUUGGUCCUUUAUAACAGGGGGGUUUCCCUAUUUAGUCCUCUAUUAUCAAAUAUUAUCCUAGUGGUCCUUUUAUGGGUAUCUUU